GCUAUGCGACCACAUGUAAACAGUGGUGCCAUAAGGAAGUAGUUCAUACCUGUAACAGAAGCACUCAAAAGUUAAAGGACUUCAUUGGAGAAAAGUUUUUAAAUCCGUGCAAAAAAUACACAGCACAAAGGCUAUAAAUAAUGGAUGUCCCAGCAGAAGGAGUUGAAGGUGAAAACAAACAACCUGUUUCUGAGAAUAAAGACGAAGCUGAAGAUGAGGUGAAAGUAAUGGAGUCAGAGGAGCCAUUAGAUGAUAAAGAAACAAGUGAACAAGUUUUAGAGCUUCAGGAACUUGAGGAGGCCUUAUCCAAUAUUCCACCAGAGCCACCGUCUGUCCAAAAUAAGAUCAUUAAGCAUGUGCUACGGUUGGAUGAGUUUCCACCCUCCUACAAGGAAAAUACCCCAAAAGAGAGAAGCAUUUUUGCCAUGAUUGAGAACUUUCGUUUACAGUAUGCCUAUCUUUAUCCAGACAGGAAACCAUUAAUUCUUUGUCCUUUAAAUGAGUGUAGAGUACAGAAAUCUGUAUGUACUACUCUACGCCCAACACUUCUUAACUACCCGGAGACUUACAGUUGGGAUGGUUGUGCAAGUUUUGUCUCUGACUAUCUGAUAAUGGAACCCUUAGAACCUCCUACUGAUCCACCAAAAUAUCUUUAUUCCUCUUCAACUGUGCUACGAUUUCAACAAGGAACAUGCUUUGAUUUUGCUAUUCUGUUAUGUUCCAUACUUCUUGGAGCUGGCUAUAAUGCCUACUGUGUCAGUGGUUAUGCUGUGAAAGAACUGUGUUUACAAGAUCAGUCGCGUCAACAGUGUCCACAUAUUGGCACUAGAAAGCAGAAAUCACAAUCAGCAAAAAAAACUCCAAAGUCAAAAUAUUCUGUGAAGCCACCCAAGAACCUGAAUAGCUCUUUUGAGAGGCAACAAGCAGAGAAUCUUGCUGCUGAAGAAAGGAAACAGGAGGAAGCUAAAAAAAGAGAACUGGAGCAAGAGCAACCACCGCCAGAUCCCUUACAUGGUCUCAGAGUGCACUGCUGGGUAUUAGUGCUUGCAGGUAAAAGGGAAAUCCCAGAGAACUUCUUCAUUGAUCCUCUCACAGGACUGAGCUUUAGCACAGUAGAUGAAAGAUUUCUUGGAGUUGAAAGUCUGUGGAACCAUCGGAACUACUGGAUUAACAUGCAAGACUGCAGGAAUGGCUGCAAGGACAUGACAUUUGAUCUUGAUGAUAACGUGAAGUGGGAGUGUGUAUUGCCUACUGCUGAUGAAGAAAGAAAAGAAGAGGUGGAUGAAGAGGGGGAUCAUGAAGAGCCAAGGAUAUUUGAAAUGCCUUCUUCGUGGGUGAGAAAGAUAGAAAUUUCUCCUAAAGAAAUAAAGCUACGCUGCCCUGGAGGGAGGAAAGUGAUAAAGUACAAAAAGGCAAAGCUGGAAAAAUUUUCUCCUUAUAUGAUGAGUGAUGGGUUGACAAUGCGGCUGACAACAUACCAAGAUAUUGAAUGCACAUCAGUAGUGGAGGCGAGGGAAUGGUUCAGUCAUAGACAAGAUCAUUUAGAGGAGAGGAAACUGAAAAAAGAGACUGUUGUCACAACAGAAUACUUCAAACCUGGAAGGACGGAUGCAUUGAAGAGUCACAGAUAUUUAACAAUGGUGCCAGGUGCAGAGCGACAGAUGGAUUUCUACAGCCAGGCUCGAACUGAUGGGCUAGCCUCACGUGUAGAAUUGUCUUCAGAGAUGAGAGAGACAUUCGAAGACCGUCCAGACUUCCUUUAUUUUCAGCAUGUGGUUUUUGGGAAGAAAGAAAAACAGCAUGUACCUGGUUCUGGUGAAACCAAUUCCAAACCAAUUCUGAAAAUAAUACAACGUUUCCAUCAUAAUCAUGAAAAGGCAGCAAACGAUGAUAUUGCCGAGAAGGCUUUUCUGAUCUCAGAUCAAAGAAUUCAGCUGACAUACCACAGAGAAGUAGAUCAAAUCAUCCCACCUCGAAAAGACUUUUUCAGGCCUUUCAUUUCAGGAGGCAAACAGGAGCCGAAGGUGAACUUCAGUCCAAAUUUGAUGAUUUCUUUUCAGGUAAACCCGCUGGAAAAGCCUGUAAAGAACUUACUUUUGUAUGAAUUACUUACAAACCUUUUGGAAGAUGAGAUACGAGCAAAGAAUCAUGUGAAGAUGUCUGAAAAUGAGGUUCAAAGCAUUUUAGCACUACGUUCUCAAGAGGAACUAGAAAGCAAGUUAACAAUUUCUGUGUAUGACACUGACAGAAAUGAAAGGGCACUUAUGCACCGCCAAGAACUGGAACAUGCUAAACAAGAAGAGAGACUUCAUAGUGCUGAGAAGGAGUUAGAUUUCCUAGCCCCCUUUUUAAUUCAGUUGGGGGACCCCAAAAAUAUAAACUUUAAGAUGGCACAACAGCUCAAAGAAGAUUGUCUUUCUGAUCUUAAGCGUCGGCUUAUUGAUAAGGCCAAUCUUAUACAGGCUCGUUUUGAAAAGGAGACACAAGAGCUGCUGAAAAAGCAGCAGUGGUACCAGCAAAACCAAAUGACCAUGACAAAGGAGGAUGAGGACUCUUAUCUGUCAUAUUGUUCGGAAGCAAUGUUUCGCAUUCAUAUCCUGGAAUUACGACUAAACAGGCACAAAGAACAAGCCCCUCAGAAAUAUCUUGCUUUAGAGGAAAAACUAAGGAUGGAUCCUCGUCUGGCUGAAUACCUUUCAAAAUAAAGUGUAGAAUGCAGUGUAACUAUUAACUCAAAACAUAAGAAAUGUAACAGAUCCUACAUUGUACAUCCAUCUCAAUGGCAGGUUGUACGGCAUUAAUUUCAAAAACAAUACAUGAGUAACCCUGGUUUAGUAGAAGUGUAUGUUAGAAGCUCUGCAUUUUUUUUUCUUACUUUCGAGAGUCCAUUAAUUUGUGUAAAAAGACACUUUAGGAAAAAUUAAGAGCAGCCCAGAGUAUAUAGGAUAAUGAUUUUUAAAUAAAAUAAUGUGAAAAAAGAUCCACUGGUUGCAUAGGCUCUUGUUCCCAAUAACCCUGACCUGGAUUAAAAGUAUGAAAAUGUUAUCUGAUGUAAAUAUAUAAGAAAAAAUGCUUUUGUUUCCAGCUACUUACUGACUUUCAAUUGCCAGUGUUUCAUUCUAACUGGGAUACCACAACUUGAGAGUAUGCAAUGCUGUUGCCUAUGACAGAAGCUGCCAUUAUGACUAAAGUAGUGAUGCACUGAUGCCCACCUGUACGCAGGAUUAACACUGCAUGAGAAUGCUCAAGUGCUUCACUGUUACCGGUACAAUGUGACAAUAUUUAAAAUAGUUACUUCCUGACUUGUAAUAAAGGUUUGUAAGUUUUACUUAGUUUUACUAUUAAAUGCUUAUUAUAUGUAAA